AUGGCAUCCGUGGACAUGAGAUCCCCCCUACCUGUCUCGAAAGUCAGCCCAGUCGCGUCCCCGUCGCUGCAACCACCCACGCCACCGUUAUCACCACCACUCCCGAGUCCUCGAACCAUUACAGAACUCUUGUCACUGAGGGCGCGAGAUUUCCCUGACGAGCCGAUCUUCGGGUAUCCCUCGGACGCCCUCGACUAUCUCGAGUACACAUACUCAGACCUCGUGAGAAUAUCCUCGCGAGCUGCCAGGCGAUAUGCAGACUGCUUGCCAUCUCGUACCGACUCUCACCAAGAGACACGAGUCAUUGCCCUCCUGGGGCCAUCGGAUCUGGAUUACUUCUUCACCCUCUUGGCUCUGUCCAGACUAGGGUUUACGGUCCUCUUUUUGUCGACGAGAAUAUCCCAGGCCGCGUAUUUGUCUUUGCUGGACGUCACGAAAUGCCGCCAUCUCGUCGUCGGUUCCUCGUUCCGAAAGACUGCAAAUGCUCUGGCGGCUGCUAGAGAUGGGUUAGAGGUCAUUGAUAUCUUGACCCAAGCGCAGUAUAUGACCGACACACAACUAGACGACGCCGCACUACAGCAGCAGCAUUUUGACCUGGACCAGGAAUCCUCCAAGGUCGCAUGGAUCAUUCACUCAUCUGGCUCGACUGGUCUCCCUAAACCGAUUUAUCAAACCCACAAGGCGGCACUGAAGAACUAUGAAAACAGCUUGAGAAUGCGUGGCUUCGUCACGCUGCCACUCUUCCACGCCUUUGGCCUCAGUAACGUCUUUCGUGGUAUCACCGCUGUCAAGAAGAUAUACAUAUACAACACCAACUUGCCGUUGACCAGCCAGCACCUGCUGAAGAUCCUGACAGACCACGAAUUCGAGAUCUUUCUCGCCGUUCCAUAUGCCCUCAAACUCUUGAGUGAGACCCCGGACGGAAUCAACGCUCUGGCGGCUCUGAAGGUGGUCAUGUUCGGGGGCUCAGCGUGUCCGGACGCUUUGGGCGACUUGUUGACCGAAGGCGGAGUCAACUUAAUCAGCCACUAUGGAACGACAGAGACUGGUCAGCUGAUGACAUCCUUCAGACCUGCUGACGAUAAGGCCUGGAAUUACGUUCGAGAACACGACCAGCUGAAGCCUUAUCUUAGGAUGGAGCCUCAAGGAGGGAACCUGUAUGAGCUUUGUGUUCUGGACGGGUGGCCCUCCAAGGUUGCGACAAACCGCGACGAUGGAUCGUAUGCAACGAAAGAUCUCUUCGAGCCCCAUCCAUCCAUACCAGGAGCAUGGAAAUAUUGCGGUCGGCUUGAUGAUACUCUUGUCUUGGUUAAUGGCGAGAAAGCCAUUCCUCUUGCCAUGGAACAAGCGCUGCGACAGAACAAAUUGGUGAGAGAAGCGGUCAUGUUUGGGACGGGCAAGAGCCAGCUGGGUAUGAUGGUCAUUGCUUCCGAGCAAGGAGCGGGCAUGGGCGCCGGAGACCUGCUCGAGUCAAUUUGGCCAACAAUCAUGGCGGAGAACAAAGCAUUGCCUGCUUAUGCACAACUGGCGAAAGACAUGAUAACCGUCCUGCCCGCCGGAACCGCAUAUCCUUGCACCGACAAAGGUUCCCUGAUACGUCAGGCAUUUUACCGAGCUUUCCACAAUGAAAUCGAGGAGGUGUAUCACCAAGCAGAGUCGAGAACGGCUGGUACCCUUGUGCUGUCAGAACUCGAGCUGCGAGAAUUCAUCCGCGGGCAUUUGCUGGACCUUUGUCCUCAAGAUGAGUCCACAUGUCUGACAGAUGACACUGACUUGUUCUCACUCGGCGUUGACUCUCUGCAUUCGACGAGACUCCGAGCCAAGAUACUACAGGAAGUUCAACUGAAUGGUAACUCGCUGCCACAGAACAUUGUGUUUGAAUACCCCACCAUCUCCAAACUGGCCGCUGCCAUUCUCAACAUCCGUGAUCGCAAAUCGGGCGAAACGCGAGAUGUGGUCAAGGAGAUGGAACGGCUCGUUGAGAAGUAUAGCGAGUUUCCCCAACAUAUACCUGUACCGUCCAAGUCUACAGAGCGUUGUAUUGUUGUCACAGGCGCAACAGGUUCCUUGGGGGCUCACCUUGUUGCACAGCUUGUUCGCCGUCAAGAUAUUUCAGAGGUGUGCUGUUUGGUUCGAGCUAGUUCUAAAUCGUCUGCCCGUCGACGGGUCAUCGAAUCGAUGCAGCGCCGAGCAGUGUAUCACACGCUUCCACUGGAUUUGCGUCGCAAGAUCUCUUGCUAUCCAUCUGACUUUUCGAAACCAGACCUGGGCCUCGGUGUGAGUGUCUAUGCCAGCAUCUCAGCAAAGAUCACAAGCUUAGUGCACUGUGCCUGGUCAGUCAAUUUCAACAAAAACCUGAGUAGCUUUGAGGCAGACUGCAUUGCAGGUGCCCGGCAUUUGAUGCUCCUCUGCCUCUCAGCCCAACAACCUACGCCGGCUUCUUUCAAUUUCUGCUCGUCAGUCUCCACGGUGACGAAUACUCCUGGUGAUGCCGUGGCAGAAGCGCUUCCCCAAAGUUUCAAGUGUGCCCAGGGCAUGGGGUAUGCGCAGUCAAAGCUUGUGACCGAGCACCUUGUGACCCGAGCCGCCUCUCAGACGGGAAUGGAGGCUCGCGUCUUGCGAGUCGGACAGAUCAUUGCGGACACCGCACAUGGCAUUUGGAACGACACCGAGGCCAUCCCCCUAAUGUUGCAAGCGGCGACCACAAUCGGGGCACUCCCAAGCCUUGACGAACAUCCCCGUUGGUUGCCAGUGGAUAGUGUCGCGAGGGUAGUUACGGAUAUCUCCCUUUCGAGCACCACACAUGCAGUCUUCAACAUUGUCAAUCCCCGCACAUUCCACUGGACGAAUGACCUCCUGCCUGCACUACACAACGCAGGUCUGUCGUUCGCCCAAGUGAAUCAGCGCGAAUGGAUCCGCCGCUUGCGCGCAUCAAAUCCAGACCCCGAACAGAAUCCCACAAUCAAACUCGUCGAGUUUUUCGCAAGCAAAUAUGACAAUGACCUCACCAAUAGGAAGAACUUCAAGUAUGUCACAUCCACAGCAGAACAAAUUUCUCCCGAGCUCGGUAUGGUGCCUGCAUUGUCCGCAGACCUGGUGAAGAAGUUUGUCGGGCAUUUUCUGAAGACCAGCUGGACGGCCAAGGCGCCAACAGCAGAAUCCCGGCAUCAGCAGUCAACUCGGCUCAUCGUCCUGUCGGGUCCCCCUGGCGUUAACAAGAGCACCGUUGCCAUUGAGCUGGCCGAAUCCCUAUCCUGUCCGGUGAUUGAUGGGGAUGCGGUUCAUGACGCCAUUGCAAAGGCUAAGAUGAGCUCUGGGAUCCAUCUUAGCUCCCUUGAUAGGCAGAUUUGGCUUGCUCGAAUUAAACUUGAGGUGUUGGAACGUUUUCGAGCUGAUCACAUUGUCCAUGGUGAACAGCCGAAAUCCGGCGGGCGGAGUGAAAAAGACGUUAUACUAACGUGCUCCGCACUUUCCCGGCCCGACCGCAAUACACUGAGGAAUAUCCUGUCCAGGUCUAACGACGAGACUGAAGCGGAAUACAUCAAUACUAUAUUUGUGGUCUUGCAGGCGACUGAAGACGAAAUACUCCGAAGAAUGGCCGACGGAAAAAGAAACACCAUGAGACUUGACAUGGUAGCAUCGCGGUUGGAUACCACUGGACACGCUGACGUUGAUGAGCUGGACAUCUUCCCUGUAGAUGCAGAGCAGGAGAUGGAAGCGAUUAUCCAGGAAGCCUUGGGUGGAUUGGCUGUCCUUGCGUAG